AAUGGGGUUCAAGUACCCGGGUUGAACAUGAAGAAGGGGUGGAGCAUGAUGAUCCAGUACCUCAAGAUCCAGUAGCGCCCCCAACAGCAGCUCCGGCUCAGACAACUAUAUCUCCAGAGGUGAGUCAGAUGUUUAAUGCAGUCAACAGUGCUAUGGAGAUGUUUAAAGCCUUCAUGGCCAACCAGAACGAGAGAAGAGAUGAGAUUUCACCUCAAUCAAAUAGACAGAACAAUUCUGAGUCCUCAAAAGUGAAUGAAUUUUUGAAGUUGAGUCCUCCAGUGUUCCAUGGUUCUAUAGUUGACGAAAAUCCAAUGUUGUGGCUGGAGGGUGUGAAGAAAGCCCUUCGAGUAAUGAAAACAUUUGAUGAUGAAGCUGUAGAGCUGGCUGCUUACCAGCUUAGAGAUGUGGUUGGCGCUUGGUUUGAGAUGUGGGAGAAGGAAAGAGAUGAAAAUGAUGGUUCGCCUACUUGGGAAGAAUUUGAAGAGGCCUUCAUGGCUAACUUUAUCCCGGAAGAGGAUAGGGAAGCUAAGGCUACAAAGUUCGAACAGCUCAAGCAAGGGAAUAAAAGUGUGCUAGAGUACUACAUGGAAUUUAUAAGGUUAGCUAAACAUGCUCUUCACAUGGUUAAGACAAAAAAAAGCAAAGAUUCGCAGGUUUGUUGGCGGUUUGGCUUACCACAUUAAGGAUACGACAUCAGCUGCAGCGGUAGGAAUGACAUCUUUCUCCUCUGUUGUAGGGUUCUCCAAGCACUUAGAAAAAGACAGACAACAAAGGAGAAAAGAAAAAGAGCAUAACAAGAAAGCCCAGAUAGUAGGCAGGUUUAAUGGUACAUCCAGCGGAGGUGGAAGGGAUUCCUCUAAUAAGGAGUCAUUAGCACCAGCUCAGUCCAGUCAUCAGUCAGGUGGUGGGUCUUCCUUCAGACGUACCCAGAGUUAUAAAAAUCAGUCUCGCCAGAAUCAGAAUUUUAGGACACCAUCCUCACAUAGCCAGAGUCAUGCUGAGCAACAUUCACACCAACAAGGUCUUUGUGGAAAAUGUAAACGACAACAUUCAGGUCAGUGCAAGCUUGGGUUUCAUGGUUGCUAUCAUUGUGGAGACAUUGGUCAUAUAAAGGCCAACUGCCCAAAGUAGCGACGUAAUUUCAGUGGUGGAUCAACUCGUCCUUCUAGUUCCUCAGCUAAUGCAGUUGCACCACCUCUGGCUCGUGGUUCUCAUAAUCAGAUCGGGUAUGGGGCAAGCAGAGGUGCAGAUCGAGUUACUCAGGGAGGGAGACAACCCCGUUUGUUUGCUACACUUGAUCGUCAGAGUGCAGAGGCAUUUGCAGAAGUUAUUACAGGAACCGGAUUUGCAGGUGAGCAGGCUACGAGUUAGGACUUCCUUCUCUUCCAGUGCUAUUGAAAAUGUGAAUGCAGUUUGGUCCGAAAGCUAGCAGGUGACUCUUUCAUUACCAUGCUCACAACUUUAUUUUCUAUUGACAUAAUUAGUUUACUACAUACAGAUAUCAGUACUAACAAAAUCUUUGGAUUCCUCUUUGUUUCUAUUAGCUGUUGUGCUUUUCUUGGAUAUGCACCAAAGAUAAGGAAAGAAACUAUUAAAAAUUCCAACUUUUGUGUCUCUUUGUCAAUCUUUGCCCGGUCAACACUCAGAGGGGCUUCACAAAAGCUUUUUCAAUGUGCUAUUAUCUUUCCAGCAGCUGACUAUUGACUAGAGAUGGCACCAGGGUGGGUCACUCUGCUGAGGCUUUACUUCACAAAAAGUUUAAUCCACCCCAUUGCCAAGUCUACAAUUGAUUAGAAGACUAACAAAAAAAUGACUGACAGCUAAAUUGACAUCACUAAUUGUGUCUGAUUUUCAUAUAUGUGCAUAUUGGGGGGAGAACAAAUGAAGACAUCAGUUGUUAUUCUUUCUUUUCAGUGGUUAAGAUGCAUCUUGCAGCAUUGAUAUCCACCUAUUUUCAGGUUUUAAUUUCAUUUUCCAUUCGUUAAGAAAGGGCGCAUUGAUGAGCAUUCGCAUUUGUGACAAAUGGCUUUUACUUAAUCUUGAAUCUUCUAUUGCAGAUUGUAAACUACUUAAAGAUGUUCAACUUCAUGCAAAUACAGUUUCGCAAAAUACCGGAGCUGCAUAUUUAGCUUGAAGAUGUUUCUUCCCUCUUCUUUUUUUCGACCAAUAAAAAUUUAACCAACUUGUAGUUAAGAUAUCUAAGUACUUGUACCAACCAACUAUUUCUAACUAUUUGAACCGAGUUAGAAUACUACUAACAUCGAAUCCUCACAUUUGUUUGGUCA